UGCAUUGAUCCAAGUGCAGCAUCACAACUACACACCAUAUUGCAUCCAUGGCAAGUAUGUCGUAAAUCUUCAGCUACCCUCGAGCAGCCGUUCCAGGCCAUCGUAGGGGGUGGUCUCCAUGAUCACGAUGGCAACCACUUGGCCGAAGCAAACAUUUCUCAGAAUCAAUGAAUGCUGUGCUCCCAACCCACUCCUCAUUUCUCAAACCCUGCAGGCAGACAACGCAUCCCGCUUUCUUCCCCACCUUGAUCAAACGGUCCCAAUUUCCCAGGAAAAGAGUCUUUCAACGUUGAGCAUCAUGGUGGCUCCCGCGAUAUGUUCAACCCUAGUACGGCCGGUUGUACGUAGUACCAGACUGCUAGUUAACGUCACCGACAUGUGCCGGGCUCGGCCGUUGUGUAACGAAGUACAGACAGAUUUUUGGAGCGAGUGAGUGCACGCAUCUGCCACGUUCUAUCACAGAAGUUCACCGUCUCAACGAAGACAACGAUGUAGAGGUGGAAGGACCAUUUGUUGGGAUGACUGCGCUAAAUCUUCAUGUUGAUCAAUAGGUUUCUCUAUAGGAUGCUGGACGGAAGAUGCCAUCCAACGAUGGAAGAUAGAUGGGCAAGUAUGGACUUAUGCCAGGG